CAGAUGACUUGCUCUGGAGCCUCUGCAACACUUGGACUCAUAAUGCACAUACUGAAAUUGGAAAUGAGAGGGAAAUCAAGCUCUGCUUCAUCCCAGUUAGUGACAAUACUAAAUCAAUAAAAGAUGGAAGAGGCUGAAAACAGAUCUACAUUGUCUUCAAGACUGCUUCCAGAAUGGAGUUUGGCCUUCUGGACUCUGUGCUCAGUGAUGGUGCCAGUCAUGAUCACGUUGUGGUGCAGUUUUCGGCGAUCUCGGAGGCAAGGACUCAUGCAGGAUAUCUUGCGUAAAAGCAAACAUGAUUGGCAAGACAUAGACUUCUUUAGCAAACCUACCUAUUGCUGUGUCUGCACUCAGCACAUUCUCGAGGGAGCUUUCUGCAACUGCUGUGGGCUGUGUGCUGAUGAAGAAUGCCUGAAGAAAGCUGAUGGUCAUUUCCUGUGCAAGGAAAUUGUGACAAGGGGCCAAGGUGGGAGUCUGACUUCUAUGGUGCACCACUGGAUCCGAGGCAAUGUCCCGCUGUGUAGCUACUGUGUUGUGUGCAAACUACAAUGUGGUACUCAACCCAAGCUCUGUGAUUACAGGUGUAUUUGGUGCCAGCAAACUGUACAUGAUGAUUGUAUGCAGAAUUCUUUGAAGAAUGAGAAGUGUGAAUUGGGAGAGUUUCACAGCCUCAUUAUCCCCCCAUAUUAUUUGCUCAAGGUCAGCCAGAUGCGUAAAGAUAAACGAAUGGACUAUUACAAGCUAUCUGCUUCUUAUGGGAAAAAUUGGACCCCAGUAAUAAUUCUGGUUAAUACUCGGAGUGGAGACUAUAUGGGGAAAACACUGAUAGGGCAAUUCAAGAUCUUAUUGAAUCCAAUUCAGGUCUUUGACCUGACCAAAACACCUCCAGCAAAAGCACUUCAGCUUUGCACCUGGCUACCUUGCAAUUCUGCCAGAGUCCUCAUCUGUGGUGGAGACGGCACAGUGGGUUGGGUCUUGGAUGCGGUGGAUGACAUGAAAAUAAAGGGACAAGAAAAGUAUAUCCCUCAGGUUGCGAUUUUACCGCUGGGCACAGGUAAUGACCUAUCAAAUGCCCUAGGCUGGGGUGCUGGCUAUGCCGGAGAGGUUCCAGUGGAGCAAAUUCUACACAGUAUCACGGAUUCAGAUGGAAUCAAGUUGGAUAGGUGGAAAGUUCAGGUAACAAACAAAGGAUACUACAACUUAAGGAAAUUAAAGGAAUUCACAAUGAAUAACUAUUUUUCUGUAGGGCCAGAUGCUCUCAUGGCCUUAAACUUUCAUACGCGUCGUGAAAGGAGUCCAUUUUUUUUUAACAGCAGGAUUAUUAACAAGGCUAUGUAUUUUUUUUAUGGAACCAAAGAUUGCUUAGUUCAGGAAUGUAAGGAUCUAGACAAAAAGAUUGAGCUAGAGUUGGAUGGAGAGAAGAUCGACUUGCCCAGUUUGGAAGGGAUUAUCGUGCUAAAUAUUGCCUACUGGGGAGGUGGCUGUCGACUGUGGAAAGGAAUGGGGGAUGAGCUUUAUCCUCUAGCAAGGCAUGAUGAUGGACUACUGGAAGUUGUUGGAGUCCACGGCUCUUUUCACUGUGCACAAAUUCAAGUGAAAUUUGCAAAUCCUGUCAGACUGGGACAGGCCCAUACUGUGAGGCUGAUCCUGAAGUACUCAAAGAUGCCAAUGCAGGUGGAUGGGGAGCCCUGGGUACAAGGCCCUUGCACCAUCACUAUUACUCACAAGACCCAUGCACUGAUGCUCUAUCACUCAGGUGAACAGACAGACGACGAUGUGUCUAGUGUAUCUGAACAGGAGCUGACAAAAGAUCAAACUGAUGAAGACACAUACGUAGGUCUCGAUCCAGGUUGCUCUGCUAACUAGUAAUGAUAGUUCAGCGUGGCUUUUGCUGAAAAACUUUACACUGUGAUCUGGCUCCCACAGAGGCUGUACCAUCUCUGCUUUCACAAAUGGCACAGGAAGAAUAAACACUAGACUUUUGGGGGGCAUCCAAAGAUCUGAGCCAAGUUCAGUCAUUCCUGCUUUGAUACACAGCAUCAAGCAGAAGAAAUGGCAGGGCAGAGGAACCUUUCAUGGCAACUUUUUACUGACUCCUCUUCUGUAGUCCCUGAAAAACCAUGUAUAGCCCUGUGUAAUCAUUGCCAGGUUUCUCAUUUGAGGCCCGAAGGGCAUGGCGUCAGCCAUUUGGGGGAUCGGAUCGUCUUCAUGCAGACACUGCACUGCCUGAUCAGAAAUAUUACAUGGGGCCGAGUGCUCCUUUGCUCACCCCUCCUCACCUCUGUCGCACAUCCCUCCUCCUCUCAGAGCCUAACAUGGUGCAGUGCCAGGACCAUUAUUUCUGCUACCUUUUGACAGUGGAAGGGUGGGGAGAAUUCGCAUGAGAAAAUAAACCUUCAUAAGCCGUGCGAGCGCUCCUGAUGGGGCAAAAACUGCGCCUGCGCUAGGUUCACAGUCAGCUUCGCUUUCAAUUUUGCCGAAUAAGUAUUACCUAGAGCUCCUUGCUGACACACAUGCCACAGACCACACCACUGGAUACUCUUACCUUCUUGGGUGCUAAGUUGAGCGAGGGCUAAACUUGUAUGCUGC